GUGUCAGCGCGCGAAGAGCCAACAUGGAGAACUGAGGCGCCCGCUUCACAACCGCCAGGAGUUUCUGUUUGUUUAUUACCUGCACGGAGUCCCGGGAAAAGGAAAGCAUCGCAUUUCUCUGUUGAAUUUCACACACAGAGUGCAGCGCGUCAGUCUCUGCAGACAAGUGUCGCUUUUCAUGGGAUUAUUUACUGAGAAACAAACGCGUUUCAAUUCGAGCAGAGCUGCGCGGGGUCCUGAAAGACGGGCGCUGCUGCUUGCAAAGUCUGUUUGUGAUGCAUAUAUAUGAAUGGGAAGGCUACGAUAAAAACAAAUAUAUCUACUAAAUACAAGCCGAAGCGGUGUUUCUGAAUGAAAAGAAUCUCCCAGUAAAACCAGUGCAGAUGGAGGUCAGGGUCUCCAUGUCGCUCUUUCAAGAGCAGCUCGCCUCUCCCGUCGAGCGCGCAGUGAAAGCGGCUGUGGACUCCGUCCUGCGGGAAAUCACUGAAGCUGUCAGCAGCAAAUUCACUGAGAUCCGAGAGGAAAUGACUGCAAUGAAGAGAGAGAAUGAAAGGCUGAAGCUGAGACUGGAAAUAUCAGAGAGCGAGCUGAGAGCCGUGCGAGGGAGUAUAAACGCUGCAGAUACAGACAUCAAACAGCCUUUCAUAUUUCAGGAUCCCAGAGAGAGCCACGCUAUCCCUGAAUCAGAAGCACAGGGGGAGCCAAAGACAGAAGCAGUUUCCACACAAGAGGAGUCCUUUGAGGAGGAGUGCUGUGCAAGUCUAGUGCAGGUUACAGAGCUGCCGUUUUUUAAAGAUGAAGAGGUCCCUGAACAGCAAUGUGUUCCUAUCAAAGAGGAGUAUAUAGAGCAGGAAUGUGUUUCCAUCGCAGAGGAACUUCUGCAUGAAAAUAAUGCCUGUACACUUGAGGAGAACAACAAGCUGGGAUCCAGCCUGUGUGAUGAUUCUCCAUCUGAAUGUGAAGUGGGAUUUAGAGGUAAUCCUACAAUAAUAGCUUCUUUAGUAGAUGAAGGAGAACCCGACUCCACUCCAUCACCCCAGUGCAAAAACUCUUCUAGUGACAAAUCACAGUGCAAGAAGCACAGAGAAACGACACCCCAAGAAGAGUAUGUGAAGACAUUGAGAACACACUCGGUUAAAAUCCCUUCUUUACAAGACAUACCCCCUCUUACUGUGGAGAGUACAGAGACGCCACAUUCUGCAUGUUUUAACAGUUCUGAAACCCAGGGCAACUUGAAGACCUUGCCUCAUUAUAUUAAUGGUGGGAAGAGUUACUGUCAAUUAGACAUUCCUGAAACUCACAAGGGAAAUCCCACAGGAGGGACUACAUUUUCCUGGGCUGAUUGUGGGAAGAGUUUCAAUCAUAUGUCACUGCUUAAAAGACAUCAGUGCAUUCACACAGGAGAGAAACCUUUCCACAUACAGUCCAGUGAUAAGAGUUUCAUACAGAUAGGAAAUCUUCAUUCACACCAGAGCCUUUACACAGGAGAGAAUCCUUAUCACUGCCCUGAGUGUGGGAAGAGAUUCAGUAACACAGGCAACCUUAAAAUCCACCAGCGCAUUCACACAGGAGAGAAACCUCAUCACUGUGCUGAGUGUGGGAAGAGGUUCAGUCACAUAGGAAACCUUAAAAAACACAAGACUGUUCACACAGGAGAGAAACCUUAUCACUGUGCUGUUUGUGGGAAGAAAUUCAGCCAGUUAGGAGACCUUAAAAGACACCAUCAGAUUCACACAGGAGAGAAACCUUAUGACUGUGCUGUUUGUGGGAAGAGAUUCACCCUGUUUGGAAACCUUAAAAGACACCAUAAAAUUCACACAGGCGUGUAAUCCUCUCCCUGCACUUAUGUGUGAAGAAGUCAAGUCAGGUGCAGGCUCUUACAGGACUCAAACUUUCUCAGAAUUGCAGACACCUAAACAACAGGAGUGCAUUUGACUAAAUACAGAAAUAUUUACUGAACAAUUAGUUCAGAUCAAAAGCUCACAGACCACAAAUAUGAGCGAGUCUUGAGUCUUGUAUUCCUCAUGUUGUUGAGCAUUGGCAUUGUGUUCUGUCACAUUAGUAAUGUAUUAAACAGAUUGUUAUUAUGAAUGCACGUCUCUCUUGCUUUUCUCAUGCAUUGCUCAGCCUCUUGCAGUGGCUUCUGUGGAAACUUCCCCGAUACCAUGGUGAAUCUGCGCUACCUCAGGACACAGCACAGUGUACCGCAGUUAUCAUGAGGGCAGCUUGAAGUGUAAAAGCAAUACUGCUUCCAGCAGGGGGCACCAGAGAGCUUUUAGGAAUGGAAUGGGCUGCUUACCAUUGUUUCUCAAUGAGGUGAUUUCUGCUCAGGAUGUGUUUAAUACUGCCCUCUCUCUCGGGUACUCUUAACAAACGUAGGCUCCUGUGUUUUUAAUAUCAAUUUGUUGAUUAAC